AUGUAUCGGGAGAAUUCUGACCAGAAUAAACCCUCAGCUUUAGAGGACGAUUCUCUGAUCAGUGGUGCACUGAUCAAAAAAAGAAUCAUUCAGGAGCCAAUAUUAAGUCACGGCGAGUCUCCAUCUAAACCUACCAACUUGGUUCCAAGCUCUCCGGUGGACAAAGCUCAGAAUACCAACACCUCAUCCAAAUAUGACAACAUCACCUGCAAAGUUAAGAUCCAUUCAGGAUCUCCUGCUGUCUACCAGCUGAUACCAAAGAAAGAGAACAUUGAAUCUCUGACAAGAAUGACUCUUGGUGAAAAAAAUCCAAAUAAAAAAAACAAAACCAUCUUACUUGUUGGUGAAACAGGAACAGGAAAAUCUACUCUGAUCAACGCUCUGGUCAACUACGCCAUGGGAGUGGAGUGGGAGGAUGAUGUCUGGUUUCAGAUCGUAGAGGAGGAGAAGAGAAGUCAAUCAGAAAGUCAGACAUCAGAUGUGAUCGUGUAUGAGAUCUUUGGUUUUGAAGAUAAAACUCUGCCCUACUCUCUGACCAUCAUCGAUACCCCUGGAUAUGGAGACACCAGAGGACAGAAUCACGAUGACAUCGUCAGUCAAAGAUUAUUAGACUUGUUCCAGUCAAAGGAUGGAGUUCAUGAGAUUAAUGCAGUGGGUCUGGUGCUGAAAGCCAGUGAGAAUCGACUGAAUGACCGACUGAGGUACAUCUUUGAUUCAGUGGUGUAUCCAUUUGGAAAAGACAUGGAGAAGAACAUUGUCGCCCUCAUCACACACUCAAAUGGAAGAACACCAAAAAAUCCUCUACAAGCUGUCGAAGCUGCGAUGAUUAAAUGUGCCAGAAAUGAGAAGAAUCAACCUGUUCACUUCCUGUUUAAUAACCGCCAGGAUGAAGGCAGGACAGAGGACAUAAAAGACCUUAAACGUGCAGAUGCAACAACAACAGAAGGAAUGAUUCAGUUCACAAAGUUCCUUGAAAAAACUGCACCUCAAAAUAUGGAGGAAACCAUGGACGUACUAACCGAGCGCACCAUACUGACAACCUGCAUCCAAAACCUGCAAGAAAAAAUUUAGUCUAUUGAAAAGAAACAGAGAAUUAAAAAGGAGAAUCAGACACUCCUGAAGAAACACAAACAAGACAUAAAGGAUAAUAAGGAGUACAAAAUAAAUCAAAAGAGCGUCAUCAAAGUUAAAGAACCAAUUGAUGGUGGAGGGAGCUGGUGGGCGUUGGGGUUGUAUGGAGCUCUCUGCUGUACAAAAUGUAAGAAGACCUGUCACUAUCCAUGCAAAUGUAUCUUUCAUGCAGUAUUCUGUGAGAUUAUAGACUUCAAUGACGCAUGCAAGUCCUGUGGGUGUAAUGAGUCAUAUCAUGUGAAAGAGACCUGGAGGUAUGUGGAGAAGGAAAUCACAAGCAAGGUGACUGUAAAAGCUAUGAAAGAGAAGUAUGAAAAGGGUCGAGCAGGCUUUGAUAAGGUAAAAAGCCUUUUGGAAACUCUUGAGAAGGAAAUAGAAAAACUUCAGAAAGAAAAACAUCAGUGGUUGGAAAAAUCCUUUGAGCAUGUUGUGAAACUGGAGCAGAUCGCCCUGAAGGUUGAUUCAGUGUCCACUCGUGAGCACUUGGACUUCCUAAUUAAGAGGAUGAAGGACACAGCGAAGAAGAGGACACUGGAAGAGAUGAAAAGUCGAGCUGAUGACAAAGAAGGAACCACAGGAGCUGGUAACGCAAAGAACUAGAUGAACUAGAGUCACUGAGAGCAGACAGCUGUGUAGAAAACAAGGUCUACACUGAUGAUCAAAUAUGUUUUAUUAUAGUUCUAUUAAAGCUACACUAUGUA